AUUUCAACUUUAUUCUCGAAAUGUAAGAUUUAAAAAAAAUCCUCCUCCCCACAUUUUUUUUUUCGUUUGCCGUUUAGUGUUAUGACAAUGUCAACAAGGCCACGUCCAGUGACUCAGGGCUGCACUAUGUGACGGGUACAACCCAUAGACUGUAUAGAAACAGGUACAACCGGAACAACUCAGUGCAGAUGAUUCACUGUCACUUCAUUCUUUUGUCUCACUACGGAUGCAACAAAAUGGAGGUGUCCCCGUUCUGCUUCGAAAGUGAAAGACGAGUUGACAAGUGGAAUCUAUACAGCACAUCGACGGCUUGGCACGAUGUAUUUUCAACCAGAGCACGUUGGAGAGGAAGAGGAGAUCAUGGAUUUGCAGGAAACUCCAGUCAGCGGGAAACAUUAUGAGUGGCAGCUGUCCGAUGGACGCCAGUGGCUGACAAUUGAUAAUGACCAUGUGAUCGAGACCCACUAUUGCCAACCUGGAGCCAAAGGAAUCACCAUCGACACUGACAUCCAAGGGCAGGUGUUCAUUGACUUUGACAAGCUGCAGACUCGGACCUCUACUCUCAGUGUUCAGAGACUGAGCGUCGUUCCUCAGGGUCAGACCGAGGACGUGGGUUGGUACUUCAGAGAUGACCAGCUGUGGCGUGAAUAUGGAUCCCAGGGCUCCAGCAUGUUGGCCUCAUCGGUCAGCAGCGGAGACGUUGAGCGUCAGUUUGCUCUCAACCCUCAGGGAACCUUCAGAUUCACGGUCGGCUCUACAGGCUACAGACUUGACUUCUCCGCCAUGACCCAAACAAACUGCAUCACAGGCCUGUGCAGGAAUAUACGCCGGCGACCAAAAUUCACUCCCAACUCUGGGAGCCUUAACACCACCUCAGUCCUGCCCACGGCUUCCUCCUCCCAGCUCGCUGGAGGAGGCUACAGGUGGGAAUUCAUGGGAGACGAGGGGGAGUGGACAGAAUACCAAGCACACGUAUGUUCGUAUGACAGCACCGCCAUCGAGGGGCAUUACCGACUGAACCCCGGGGGGCAGCUACAGUUCAUGAUCAAGAGAUUCUCAUACGCGCUGGAUUUUUCAAGAAUGUGUCAAGUCAACAACAAAAUCGGGACCAAGAGAGCAGUGAGGAGGACGUUUGUCGCCGGGAGCCAGCAGAGCAGCAUUUCUGGUGCGACGCCACGGUGGCAGUUCCAAGACAUUUGUGGAAUAUGGAAAGAUUACUCCAAAGUCGUGCAGGCAAAUCAUCGGUGCAGUGUUUCCAGUCGGGACAUCGAGCUCCUUUACACUCAGAACCAGUCAGGCAAAAUGUCAUUUACUACCAAGAACUUCAGCUAUGAGCUGGACUUCUCAGCCAUGACCCAGAGGAACCUGUCCACCAACACCAGCAGACCAGUGCGACGACUUGACCACUGACAGAUUAGGGGGAAUACGUUUAUUUUUACCCGCCUCAGGUCGACUCUCAAACUGGUAUGACUCCGCACAAGCUGCAUCUUCUCUUUGCAGUGUGGACGAUCUUGCAAAACAGCCAAUGAAUCAUGGGAUAUUUCAUAUAAAAAGGUAUAUGAGAAUACCUCCAUCUUUACAUCAGCAGGUUCCAUGAGUUUAAUGCGCGUCGUCCAUUAUUUUUUAACUUCAAACCUAAAUGUUUACCAAUGUUUAUCAUAACCCUGCCUUAUUAUGCCUGCGUAUCAUUGUUCAUGAAACUAAAACCUUGACCUAAUUGUACCAUAUAAUGCUGUCUAUUAAAUUGUGCAUGUUCAUAUAAUGUUCA